UCAUUAUGGAGUACUGAGGUGGAAUAACCCAAAACUGGACAAGAGCUUGAAAGACGUAAAGCGAGGAGCUUUGAGGAUUUCACAGAGAAAAUGGAACUCCGAGACCAACUGAAGAACGACCGGAACCGGUAUUUUUGCAAUCCGCCACCAUUGGAGUCUGAUACAAGUGCAAACUGCCAUCUUUUCCGCAGUGAGCUGAAAAGCAGCUCUGUAAGGCUGGAGGGCAGUUCAGAUCCAUUCUGCAGCAGCUGGACCGACACUGAACCAGCAAGGGUCAAGAGUUGUAACAGUCGGUCAUUUGCCAUGGAUGCUAGAAUAAGGUUAGAUAAUUUGAAGUCAAGGUGUAAUUCACCUUUGCCUGGCCAUGCCUUUGAUGGGACAUUGUACAACUAUAACAGUCAAAAAGACCUUUGGGACAGUGAGUCAAAAGAAGACGAGUCUGUCUUGGACUUGGUAGAGCUCCUUGAUGUAGAGGAGGAUAUGCAGGAUGAAGAGAGCUGUAUGCCUCAAAGGUUGUAUGAGUCUGCAAAGAAGCAGGCGACUGUGGAGAAAACUGAGUCUGCUUUCAGAUGGUGUCGACAUAUCCUGGAUAACCCCAGUCCUGAGAUGGAGGCAGCAUGUCGUCUACUGAUAAAUAGGCUGGAUCAAAGAUCAAGUCACUACUACCGACGUCCUGCAGUCUUUCAUCAUACUGGCAGAGCAACUGUGGGCUCUUCUAUGGACAAAUCAUCUGUCAACACAACACAGAAUACCUCUGACACUUUAGAUAAUGAGAUGAGCGUCUCCCAUGACUCCAUUAACACAAACUACAGACUGGAGAACAUCACAGAUGUCCACAUAAUAGCUCGUAUACAGGAGGCCCGUUUACGACAAGACUCUGUUUCUAUGCCUGCCGCUGCUUCACCUUGGAGAAGCCCUGAGUCACAAGUGAUGCUUCCGUCUUAUUUUAACACCACAGUAGAAAAUAUUGAUGACUUCACUGCAGGAAAUAGAACUGAGGCUUCGUCUUCCCCUGGCUGGCUGCCUGGUCUGUCGCCACUGAGCUCUUCAUCCGGCCAGUCAGCAACAUCAGUUGCUAAGCAGAGCUGCCGUAGUCCAAAACUGGCCAGACUUCACCAGCAGGUCACCCAAUUCAAGCUGCUUAAACUCGCUCAGAAUCAAGCAACAUCCCCAGGCAGGACCAGAUCACCUGCGCGGACCAGCCUCCGCUCCCUCCAGGCCGUUAGGAACAGCCGAAGUUUAGACACCGACGACGGCUGCCCUGCUGAUCAAAUCGUUCUUCCUCCGUCAGAUGUAUCAUCAACCAGAAUGGGGUCGAGUUGCUGGUCUCAAUCACUUUCUGCAGCAUCCGUGAACUCCAAUGUCUCGCUGCUCUCAGGGAGAGACUCCUCAGUCCGGAUGACGGCCAUGAAGAGAGCGCAGAGGUCUCAGUCUCUCAGUCCCUGCAGGAUUCCUCACCCUGCCAAGGGAUACCUGUCCACUUAUGGACGUGUUUUUGCCUCACCUGAGAGGUCGACCACUGUAGCUUGGGCCAGAAAUACGCCAUCCACCUAACGGUGAAAGACGUCACCAGUGAAUCCCUGAUACUUAGAGUAAUAUAAUGAUGAAGUAUCAUUAAAAUAUAAAGUUUAUCUAAUAUUUUCUAAUAACUUACUUUAUGGUUGUCAAGACUGCAUAAUCAUAUAAAUGGCUUUGGACUGUGAAGGAAUUUGUGUCUGCAACACCUGACAGAAGCAUCCUGGAGGGAUGAAUUUUAUAUUACCAAGACACCCUGUUGCGUUGUCUGAACAAAAGCCUAAAUAAUGUGGACUAUUGUGAAAAUGGAGUGUUUAAGUUUCAAGAAUGUA